AUGGCGGCCUUCCAUCGGCUGCCAAGUAUCUCUGCGAGCUGGGCACUGCGCAAAGGAGGGCUCCGGCUCGCGUCUGCCGCGGGCAAUCGCCCGCUGCGGAGCCACGGCGCUGUGAACGUGGGGCUCCUGGCGGCGGCGAUGAAGGCGCCCUUGGCGCGAGGCGAGAGCUGUGCCGUGGAUGCGGUAGGGCCGAUGGCGCAGCUGAAGGCAUUGAAGGCCAUGUUCUUCGCCAGCGAUUACUUGGAGGAGGAGCGCCCCGGCUUCCGCGUCGCCGGCGAGCCGCGGUCGGAGCUCGUCCCCGCCUCGGAGAAUCACCCGGAGACGACGAAGGUACGCCUCGUGCUGUCUUUGGUGCCUGAGUCAGCAUCCCCCCGCAGUGCUGAGGAAAUCAGGUUCGGCAAGGAGAGCAACCCCGGCACCUUAGCGGCCACCAUUGCCCAGAAGAUCAAGCUGCAAGGUCGGGCGACGCUUUCUGCGAUGGGACCCAUACCAGCUUCCAAAGCGUUGAAGUCCGUGAUGUUGGCGCGGCAGUACUUGCACGAGCACCUGGGUGAUGAUGCGAUUCUAGUGGUUCCGGCCAAGCAGGUGCUGCCGCCCCGUCCGAACAAGGAGGAGACGGUGCGACUGCUUCUCGCCUGCCUGCGCGGGCCAAAGAGCCCGGAGCAGUGCGAGGGUGAGAGUUAG